UUUCUCGCGAGAUUUUGCGGCGUAUUGCAAGCGGGGUGAAAUCUCGGGAGCAGUCUCUGAGGAACAAACAGCAAGAAGACUUAAAAAGCGUGCACGGUGAUUCUGCAACAUUUCGCAAGGAGGAAAACCCGCAACUCGAGGCCGCAUCAAGUUUCCAGACGAAGGGAAAAGUUCAAUUUAGCCUCACGUUCUUUUGAAAGUUGUGGAAAGUUUGCCUCGGCGCGGCUCCGAGUUCUCCACCCUUACGGCAAAAAGUGGGUCGGUGGUCGGCUGUUGGUUCUGCAGGAAUGUCGCAGAAAGAGAGACCCAAGUUUUAUCGACAGGAGGUCACCAAGACGAUAUGGGAAGUCCCCGAGCGGUACCAGAACCUGUCGCCGGUCGGCUCCGGCGCCUACGGCUCCGUGUGUUCUGCAUUUGAUAUGAAGACGGGUCUGCGGGUCGCUGUGAAGAAGCUCUCUCGCCCAUUUCAAUCCAUCAUCCACGCCAAAAGGACAUACAGAGAGCUGCGUCUGCUGAAGCACAUGAAACAUGAAAAUGUAAUUGGUCUCUUAGAUGUUUUCAGCCCUGCUACGUCUCUGAAGGAAUUCACUGAUGUGUAUCUUGUGACUCAUCUAAUGGGCGCCGACCUAAACAACAUAGUGAAAUGUCAGAAACUCACAGACGACCACGUUCAGUUCCUCAUAUACCAGAUCCUCCGAGGGCUAAAGUACAUCCACUCAGCAGACAUCAUUCAUAGAGAUUUGAAGCCCAGUAACUUGGCAGUGAAUGAAGACUGUGAGCUGAAGAUUUUGGACUUUGGUUUGGCACGGCACACGGACGACGAGAUGACCGGCUACGUGGCCACCCGCUGGUACCGCGCCCCAGAGAUCAUGUUGAACUGGAUGCAUUACAACAUGACAGUGGAUAUUUGGUCGGUCGGAUGCAUAAUGGCAGAACUUCUCACUGGAAGAACUCUGUUUCCUGGUACUGACCAUAUAAACCAGCUUCAACAGAUAAUGCGUCUGACAGGAACACCCCCAGCAGCUCUUAUAAGCAGGAUGCCCAGCCACGAGGCCAGGAACUACAUCAGCUCCUUGUCAAACAUGCCCAAGAGGAACUUUGCUGAUGUAUUCAUUGGUGCCAACCCUCAAGCUGUGGACCUCCUGGAGAAAAUGCUGGUUCUGGAUACAGACAAGCGGAUAACGGCGGCCGAGGCCCUGGCCCACCCUUACUUUUCCCAGUACCACGACCCAGAUGACGAGCCGGAGGCUGAGCCGUACGACCAGAGCUUUGAGAGCCGGGAGCUGUCGAUCGAAGAGUGGAAACGAUUAACCUACGAAGAGAUGUGUAGCUUCGAGCCGCCCAUCUUUGAUGAGGAUGACAUGGAGUAAUGAGAUCCGCUGUGACCGGGGCCCCUGUCAAUUUAACGAGAGCAUUAGUGUGAAACUCCCAGACACGUAUUGGACAUUGUCAAUCAAAAACAUCAUCCAUUCUUUGUAAGAAGUUCAUUACCAGUAUGAAGAAAUAAUGAAUUAGACCAGAUUUAUCAUUAUUAUUAUUAUUAUUAUCAUUAUUUAUGAACCACUAACGUUGAUUGACGCCUUCUGCUGGGAAAUGUCACUUUUUGCCAUCACCUGAAAUUAUUUUAUAUCAGACUUUUUUUAAAUUCAGACUUUGAUGACUCAUCACUGUGACACUGAAAUGCUGAAACACCCGGACCUAUAGCUGUGCUAUUUUGUGUUUUUUAAAAAUCCUGUUAUACGACUUAUAAAUAAGCUUAUGUCCAUCAAUCAAAAAAGAAAUAUGCUACCACUCACCUGCCAAGCUGUCUCACACAGCACUGGGUCACGUUUAUUUGUCAUCGCCACGGUUCUUCUUGUAUUUCAAAAGACGUAACUUUGAAGUGUUUCAUAUCUGUGACAGAAGUAGAUUUUUAUGUUUUUAGGUAUUUGGCGAAUUGAGAAUGUUCCUGCUCUGUGUAGUGUCUGACCUGUCCUGCUCACAUUUGACACAUUUCAAUGUUUAUCUUGAUAGUUUAGGUGCCCUGUGAGACUCUUGCAUGUUAGAAUCUGAGCCUUUAAGGAUCCAUCUCUUUAACAAGGCACAGGGAAAAUGAAAAGAAAUACUCCUGAGUACACGCUCUGCUCAGAAAUAUGUAAAUAUUUGUGCCAUAUUUUUUAAAAUCUGAUUCAUCGUUGUUAUGUUAUGAAGCAAUCACUGUUAGCAUGUCCAUUAAGACGUUGUGUGCGUCUUCGAGUGUGUUGUUGGUUUACAGGGAUUUUUAAGUGUCAUGCUAUAACCUAUGACAGACAUGAGGUAGAGUCUACCUGUGAUAGAAAUCCUGCAUAAAUGUGUAAAAGAGGGAUUUGUAUUUAUACUUUGUGGAGGUGGUAUUUAUAAGCAACAAUCGAAAAAUCCCUUAAACUAUUUUCAGUCUUGCAGAGUAACUAUCCUCAGCCCUUUGUUAAACAAAAUAAAGACUUAUUUUUAAGAGAAAA